AUGGUAUCCUUUAAACUUGGUCUCACGGCAUUGGCGAGGCAUCAUGAACGCUCCUCAGAUGAGAAGGCCCUCGUUCGACGGCUGGAUAUAUUUCUGCUGACAUUUGGUUGUCUCUCCCAGGUGAUCAAAUAUCUGGAUCAGCAGAACAUCAACAAUGCCUAUGUUUCUGGCAUGAAGGAAGACUUGAAUCUUCUCGGGAACGAGCUGAAUCUCUUCACGACAUAUUUUAAUGCCGCCUACUGCGUUAUGCUAAUCCCCUCCCAGGUCAUCUUGACCUACGUCCGACCGAGUCUCUGGCUUCCUGGUCUGGAGAUUGCCUGGGGUGUUUUAACCGGACUGAUCGCUAUGACCAAAAAUGCAAAACAAAUAUACGUUCUACGAGUCUUUCUCGGGCUCUGCGAAAGUAGCGCAUGGCCUGGGAUGAUUACCUUAUUCAGCGAAAGCCAACAGGUUAUAGUGUAUUGGUACACCCCAACCGAACUCGCGAAACGCAUGGGAUUCUACCACUCGUGUCAAGCCGCUGGGCAGAUGAUGUCCGGUGCGUUACAAACUGCCAUCACAAACACCAUGGAAGGGCAUCAUGGACUAGCAGGGUGGCGUUGGCUAUUCGUUGUCAACGCGAUCAUCACCGUGGUGUGGGGGUUCCUAGGGUUUUUCAUGAUCCCCGAUCUCCCCAACAAACCAAACCCCCGUGCAUACUGGUUCAAGAAAGUGCACGCGGAACUUUCCAUGGAGCGACUCGCGCGCAACGGCCGCGCGGAGCCGAAGAAAAUGACCUGGGCGGGCGUUAAGCGCACAUUCUCGGGCUGGGUAGUCUACUUCGUCGCGAUACUAUACAUCGCAACCGUCCUGGGGACCUACGGCUACGUCUACUUUUCGCUGUUCCUGAAGUCCCUCACUCGACCAGAUGGCCGUCCCAGAUGGAGCGUGUCGCAGGUGAACGCGAUCCCGAUCGGCGGUUCUGCCAUUAACAUGGUCUUCGUGUGGGUGUGGGCGUUACUGUCUGACUUCUUCGAGACGCGAUGGACACUCAUCGUCCUGCAGGGGGUCAUCGGGAUCAUCCCGUGUAUCAUCAUGAGCGUCUGGACUCGACAUCCAGAUUCGGCUCCAGUCUCCGCCGCGUACGCGUCGUAUUUUAUCGCUCACAUUUGUCUUGGUACUGCGCCGCUCAUCUUCGCCUGGCUGGCGGACCUCAUCCCGCAGGAUCCUGAGGCGCGCACGCUCAUCGUUGGUGUCGCAGUCGCCGGAUACUAUGCUAUCUCGGCGUGGUCGCAGGUUCUGGUCUGGCCGGCCUCUCAGGCGCCGUAUUAUAAGUAUGGCUGGCAGAGUGCCCUUGCGUUACUGGUCCUCGUUAUUGUCAUGACAUGUAUCCUGCGGUUGAUCGAUGUGCGAUACUUGUUGCCGAAGCGUGUGGCUUUUCAGAAUGCCCUAGAUGCCGAGACCAUGGCAGGUGCCGCUGUGAAGAAUGACGAGGAGCGGUCAAGGGAUGCGAACCCGGACUGGAAGACGCCGAAGGCGACGGUGGACUAG